AUCAUAAGUCAUAACCUCCCUAACCACAUCUUUAUUAAAUUGGGAAAAAGAUGGAAGCAACACAUCCAAACAUGCCUUUAGCUUCACUCCUACUCAAUCCAUAAUUUCCCAAAUAUAAUCCCAACACUCCCUUAACACCUUUCCCUCUAAUUCCAAAAAUCCGACACGUUUUCAACAUCAAAUUACCGCAUUUGCCACUAUGAGCUUCUUAAUUCCUAACAGAGGAGCAGGAGGAACCAAGAUUCCUCUUUCCAUCAUUGUUCUCGUUCUUUGUGGUUUCAUGUUCUUCAUUCUCUUAUACACCGAAAGAAUCAGCUUGAUGUCUUCUUCUUCCUCUUCGUCUUCAUAUUUUUUCAAGCUUAAGUCUUGUCCGAGGAAAGACAACAGCUCGAAACCUAAGGAGAAAAUUCAAAAGGAGAGAUCAGAAAUUUUAGAAGUGCUUGACGACAGGUUCGAAUUCGAUCCAGAAGAGUGUAAUGUUGCAGCUGGGAAAUGGGUUUAUAAUAGCUCAAUCGAACCACUUUACACCGAUAAAUCAUGUCCGUACAUUGACCGUCAAUUCUCUUGUAUGAAAAACGGGCAGCCAGAAACUGAUUACCUUCGAUGGGAGUGGCAGCCUGAUGACUGUACAAUUCCACGAUUUAGUCCGAAGUUAGCUAUGAACAAGCUCAGAGGAAAAAGACUGCUAUUUGUCGGAGAUUCUUUGCAACGAAGCCAAUGGGAAUCAUUCGUGUGUUUGGUGGAAUCAAUAAUACCCGAAGCGGAAAAAUCAAUGAAGCGUAGCCGAAAACACUUUGUCUUUAAAGCAAAGGAAUACAAUGCGACUAUAGAAUUCUAUUGGGCACCGUAUAUCGUCGAGUCAAACACAGAUAUACCUGUGAUAUCAGAUCCGAAGAAAAGGAUAGUGAAAGUGGACUCAGUGAAAGAUCGAGCUAAGUUUUGGGAAGGAGCGGAUAUUUUGGUUUUCAACACUUAUGUUUGGUGGAUGAGUGGUCUCCGCAUGAAAGCUCUGUGGGGUUCGUUUGGAAAUGGAGAGAGUGGUGCGGAGGCGUUAGACACACCAGUGGCUUACAGGCUAGGGCUCAAGACAUGGGCUAAUUGGGUUGACUCUACCGUUGACCCUAAUAAGACGAGAGUCUUCUUCACGACCAUGUCUCCUACUCAUACUAGAAGUGCGGAUUGGGGAAAGCCAAACGGCACGAAGUGUUUCAACGAGACGAAACCGAUAAAAGAUAAGAAGUUUUGGGGAACUGGCUCUAACAAGCAGAUGAUGAAAGUCGUGUCAAGCGUCAUCAAACACAUGACCACGCACGUGACUGUCAUCAACAUCACGCAGCUCUCUGAGUAUCGCAUAGACGCUCACACAUCAGUUUACACCGAGACAGGUGGCAAGAUCUUAACGGCUGAGGAGAGGGCUGAUCCUAUGCAUCACGCUGAUUGUAUACAUUGGUGUCUACCUGGAUUGCCCGAUACAUGGAACCGGAUCUUAUUGGCUCAUUUGUAAAUCAAGCUAGGAGGAACCUCAGGGUUAAACGGGAAAAACCCAAAUCCUCUGUUUUUUCUCCCCGAUUUGUUUGUUUCAGUGUAUGUGAUUGUCUGUCGUCAAUUUUCAUAAGAUCAAACAGACUCGGCCCGUUUAUUAUGAUCUUGAAGCGACUAAAA